ACUUGAGUGCUGAACCUGUUCUUCUUUCAUUCCUACCUACUUCUUGUUUUAUGUUCUCCUUUGCUUCCUUUAAACUAAAGUGUUUGAAACUAAAAAUGCCUUGUCUUCUUGCAGCUCUGCAACUGCUGCUUUAUUUUUGCAGCUUUUUAGGACCAGUGGAAGGAGGGAAGGUCCUGGUGAUGCCCGUGGAUGGCAGCCACUGGCUCAGUAUGAAGAUUCUAGUGGAGGAGCUGUCUCAGAGAGGACAUGAAAUGGUGGUUCUGGUUCCUGAGACCAGCUUGUUGAUCCGUGGUUCAGAUGCAUACACCACUAGGAUCUUUAAGGUUCCCUUCACCAAAGAUGAACUUGAUGACAUCAUGAAAAAUACGCAGGAACGCUUUAUGAAAGCGCCAGCAUUUUCAAACAUUUUGGAGAACUUGUCUGGGCUCCUCAGAUUCACUGACAUGCAGGUAAAUGCAUGUGAGGCGCUACUGUAUAAUGAGCCUCUGAUGCAGGACCUGCGUGAUAAACACUUUGAUCUUAUGCUCACAGAUCCCUUUCUUCCCUGUGGUCCCAUUAUCGCUGAGGCUUUCUCUCUUCCUGUGAUUUACUUCCUGCGUGGGCUUCCAUGCGGAUUGGAUGAGGAUGCUGCUCAGUGCCCUGCACCUCCGUCCUAUGUCCCACGCUUGUUUGUACACCUCACUGACGUCAUGACAUUUCCUCAGAGAGUCGCGAACGUGCUCAUGGCAGGUUUUGACGGCUUCCUCUGCAAAAUAUUUUUCUCCAGUUUUGAUGAACUCACCAGCAGAUAUCUGAAGAAAGAUAUUUCAUAUAAAGAAGUUCUUGAACAUGCUUCGAUUUGGCUUCAUAGAUAUGACUUCACCUUUGAAUACCCGAAACCUGUAAUGCCCAAUAUGGUGACAAUUGGGGGCAUCAACUGUGCCAAGAAGAAACCUCUGCCUGCGGAGCUGGAGGAGUUUGUCGAAGGAUCUGGAGAUCACGGCUUCAUUGUUUUCACUUUGGGCUCCUACAUGUCCGAGGUGCCUGAGUCCAAAGCCCAAGAGUUUUUUAAGGCUUUUAAACAGAUUCCUCAAAAGGUUCUGUGGAGAUACACUGGCCCUGUUCCCAAAGACCUUCCUGAAAAUGUCAAACUAAUGAAGUGGCUUCCACAGAAUGACCUCUUAGCUCACCCCAAGGCCAAGGUGUUCAUCACACAUGGAGGAUCCCAUGGGACCUACGAGGGGAUCUGUAACGGCGUGCCCAUGGUGAUGAUCCCACUGUUUGGAGAUCAGAGAGACAAUGUUCUCCGCAUGGUGUCACAUGGAGUGGCAGAGAGCCUCAACAUGUACGACCUGACCUCAGAGAAUCUCCUGGGGGCAGUCAGGAGAGUCAUCACCGACAAAAGCUACAAAGAGAAAAUAAUUAAGCUGUCUGUGAUUCAUAAAGACCGUCCAAUUGAACCACUGGACUUGGCCGUGUUCUGGGUGGAGUUUGUGAUGAGACAUGGAGGAGCUGCGCACUUGAGACCGGCUGCUCACAACCUCAACUGGGUUCAGUACCACAGUCUCGAUGUCAUCAGCUUCCUCCUGCUUGUUCUCACCGUUGCUGUUUUCAUCACCCUCAAAACCUGUGCAUUCUGCUUCAGAAAGUGCUUCAGGAGGACUCAGAAGACCAAAAAGGAAUGAAGUGGGCAGUGCAGGAUCAGGAAACCAAUCAAUUCCAUGCUGUCUAUAGGGAUAAUCAUUUAAGGCUAUGAUAAUACUAUACUGUGAUAAUCUGAAAUAGUAAGGUACUGUAUAGUGUUUUUAUCACUAUAUUCAUUUAAAUAUUUGGGGGUAAUACUUAACAAAUGUGUUCUUUAGCUAGCUAAUGUAGCCUUCUCUGCAUUCUAUCCAAAACCGUAGCAUCUCACACUACCUACAAAAUAAAUAAAUAAUAAUAAUCGGUUAAUUUUAGUGACCAAAUAGUAGAAUGUAUUUUUCUUGCUUUUAAAAACAAGGGAACAAAAAAAUUUGGAUUUCACAUUUUUGUGUUGACAGUUGAGCAGCACUGCGGUUAGCAGUUAGCACUGUAGCCUCGCACCUCCAGGGUUGAGGGUUCGAUUAUCCUCAUGGAUUAUGGAUAUGCAUAGAGUUUGCAUGUUUUUCCCAUGGUUUGAUGGGUUUUCUCCCACACUCCAAAGACAUGUAGAUUAACCUAAUUGCUGUUUUUAAUGGACUGGCACAUCGAUCAGCAUGUACCUCGCCUAGUGAUUCACUGGGAUAGGCUUACUUUUUAAAGAGGGGAAGUCUUGUUUUAACAUUGUUCUGAUAAACUACUGAAUGCUACUUAAUUAGUUAUUCUAACCCUAUCAGUACUUCAGAAUGUUCAGUUCAACUACUGAACUCUCUUCUCUGAUGUAUUGCAUGUGUGAUUAUUAUACUGUGAAUUUAUGAUGAUGUUGUACCUCUUGAACAUCGACUACCUCCAACUGGAUUUAAAGCAAAGCUGGAAACGCAGAUGAAUGCAGCUAUGGAUGUGUCUUGUUAAAUUUAGAUUCUAAAGACUUUAAGCUUCUGUGACAUCUGUAAAAUCCAACAUGCUGAGAUGUUACUUUUAGUUUACAAUUAAAUGAAAAAUAAAAAUGGAAACACAAGAUGUGUGUAACACUGCA